CACCCAUUGUGAAAACAUCAGUUAACAUCCACUACGGGGAGGUGCCGUCUUUCCAGAUCCUCCCAAGCAGCUCAGGACAAACAUGUGGAAGCCAGCCUGUUUGGUUUUGCUGCUGCUGCAACAGGUAUGUGGAACAGAAACAACCUCUCCAGGAUUUUUGGGAAAACUUCUUGUGGUGCCCAUGGACGGGAGCCACUGGGUUGGCAUCAUAGCCGUGGCACAAGAGCUGGGUCGCCGUGGGCACCAAGUCACUGUGUUGAUGCCAGAGGUCAGCAUGCGCAUGGGCCCUGGGGACCACUACCAGACUUUGACGUUUCCUGUCCCCUACGACUCGAGCUUUUUAGACUCUGUGAUGUCAACGCUUAAAACCACUUUGCAUACGUCGUCUAAGCCUCUGUUCGAGAAGGUCAGUGCUAGGUUGGAACAGAUUCAGAAGUUUGGAAAUUUUCUCCACACCACAGCGGAGAGUCUCCUCUACAACAGCAGCCUCAUCUCUCACCUGGCGCUGCAGGAGUUCGAUGCUGUCCUGACUGACCCUAUAGUGCCCACAGGUCCUUUACUAGCCCGGAAACUAGGUCUUCCUACUGUCAACUUAGUCAGAGCCAUUCCGUGCGCCCUGGACAUGAAGUCAUCCGGCUGCCCCGCCCCUCCCUCUUAUGUGCCUCGCUUUGCCACUGGAUACACUGACAGGAUGAACUUCAAGGAGAGAGUCAUCAACACGUUGGUGGCUGCUGUCGAGCCUCUAUUGUGCAGGCUGUUCUUCUGGCAUUUUGAAAACAUUGCUGCUCAGUUUCUGGGGGAGAAGGUGGGAAUUGCAGAGGUGUUGACCGAGUCUGACAUCUGGCUUCUCAGACUUGACUUCACUCUGGAGUUUCCUCGCCCUCUGAUGCCCAACGUUAUUCCAGUGGGUGGCAUCCACUGUAACGUCAGGAAUCCUCUUCCCCAGGAGCUACAAUCCUGGGUGUCCGGAGAGCACGGCUUCAUUGUGUUCACUCUGGGCUCAAUGGUGUCAGAGAUGCCAGAGGAUCUGACUGUAGUCUUCCUGGAAGCCUUCAGACAGAUCCCACAGAAGGUGAUAUGGAGAUUCACCGGGACUGUGCCAGACAAUGUUCCUGAGAAUGUGAAGCUCAUGAAGUGGGUGCCUCAGAAUGAUCUUCUAGCGCACCCUGGAGCCCGGGCAUUUAUCACCCACGCUGGGUCACAUGGUCUGUUUGAGGGCAUCUGUCAUGGCGUCCCCAUGGUGAUGUUGCCACUGAAUGCUGACCAGCCUGACAAUGCUCAGAGGCUGGUGAGCAGAGGAGCUGGAGUGGUGCUGGACAUGUUCUCUUUGACGCCAGAGGACCUGGUCCAGGGGAUAAACCAAGUUAUAAAUGACCCCAGCUAUAAAACAAACAUCCAACGGCUUUCAGCUCUUCAUAAAGACCGUCCUGUGGAUCCCCUCGACCUCUCUGUGUACUGGACCGAAUUCGUGAUGCGACAUAAAGGCGCCAAACACCUAAGAUCUGCACAACAUGACCUCAACUGGAUUCAGUACCACAGUCUGGACGUUCUGCUGCUGCUCACAGUCGUGGUGCUGCUACUCGCCACUGUGACGGUGAAACUUCUGAAGCUAUGUUUACGCAAAGUCACUGGGAAGAAGAAGCAGGAGUAAUUCUGAAAAAUUGCACAGUGAAAAAUGACCCCAAAGAUUGUAAAAUUAUAACACUUUUUAAUAUAAAACUGUUUCAGUCGACUAUUGACAUCAAUGUACUUGUGAUUUGGAAAAUUACCGUCACACAAACAAGUCACAUGACAAUACAACCAUGAUUGUCUUUUUAUGAAAAAUCCAGAAUGCAACAACUCUUCUCUGCAGUGGUUCGAGUGUCCCGUGAGAAAUAAAGCUUCUGUA